AUGGCCACCAACACCUAUAAUGGCUGGCCUCUACUAUUACUCUUUGUGAUCUACAGCAGCUUCAUCACGGCUAUCGAAGCAAAAGUUGUCGUGGCUACAGUCCAUACCACAGUGGAGGUGGUCCAAGCGACGCCUGCCGUUCCCAGUCCUGCCUCAUACACUUCGACCUCCAAGUUCAAAGACACAGUUCUUCGGGUUAGCAAUGACUAUCGAAAAGCACACGAUGCAGAACCGCUAGUCUGGAACGAUACGUUGGUCGAAUAUUCCCACGAAUGGGCUCGGCAUUGUAUCUGGGAACAUUCGGACGGUCCUUAUGGGGAAAAUCUAGCAUUUGGGUAUCCCAAUGCCUCGUCAGCAGUCGAGGCUUGGGGCGAUGAGAGAAAAUUCUAUAACUUCGACAAGCCGACCGGAUUCACUGAGAAGACAGGCCAUUUUACACAACUGGUGUGGAAGUCCACAACGGAAGUGGGAUGCGCUGCGAUCGAUUGUGGAUAUACCGAAGACAACGAAAAAGAACGAAGAGACGCCGGUGAUAGCAGUACGGGUCGACUUCUUUCUCGAGAGCUCGAUGGAAGUACGAGAGCGCAGGGUUGGUACGUUGUAUGUGAAUACACGCCAACGGGCAAUGUUGUUGGCGAUCACAAUGAAUACUUCAAGAAGAAUGUGAAGCCAAGCGACAAAUCGUCGUCCGCGACAACUACUUCUGCUACAUCGAAAGGUCAACCGACGGGCGGGGCGGCGAUGAAGAACAAAAUCAGUCCCGCGGUGUGGACAACGUUGCUGGCUCUGGGGACUGUGGCGAUUGGGAUGAGCCUGUAUACUUAG